AUGGAAGACACCAAACCAAAAUCGAGAGCGACCAGCAUUCACCUUUCCUUUCCUCAGAGAAUCUACAACUUGCUCAAAUUCUGUGAAGAGAAUCAUCAGGAGCACAUCGCAUCAUGGAUGAACGAUGGGACAGCCUUCAGAGUUCAUGAUAUAGAAGAGUUCGAAAGUGAAUUGCUUCCCAAGUAUUUCAAUACUCGGAAGUAUGCUAGCUUUACUCGAGCUUUGUGUGCCCAUGGAUUUGAUUGUGUAAGAACGGGGAGCCAUAGUGGGAUUUACUCGCACCCAAAGUUUCAUAGCGACGACCCAAAUGCUGUGUCCCUGAUGAAGAGAGUGAAGAAAGCGAAAACACCGAAUAACCACUUAUCAAAUCGAAGACAUGGCUCCUUAUUUCGAGAUGGAGAUCAACCAAUUCUGUGUCCAUCCCUUUCUUCAGAUAACACCCGACCGCGCACUUUUGAUGAAAAUGCACCAGGUUUUGGCCAGUUGUACCAAUCAUUUCGGUCUCAGAUCGCUGAUCGAGCAACGUAUGUGCUUAUCCGUCUUCCACCGGGGUCGCAUUUCGUCAGCUCAGACGAAAGUGACGAUGACAGUUCGGAUGACCCAAGCGCGCCACCGGCCGUACCUUCUAGUGGCUUUUACCAUAUGACUUCAGAUCAUAAUAGGACAACCUUGGAUCAACAAAACCAACAGGAACAAAUCGAUCAGAACUUUGGUUCAAUCUUCGAGGAGGAUGAUGAUGAUGAUUUCGAGCCCGUACCCUUGUCAGCGCACGCUUCAUCGCAGAACACACUUGAUCAUUCCGAAGAUGAGGCAUUGCUAAAUGCAAUGGAACCAAGAAGCAUCGAGGAGAUGAAAGAAAAACCAGACGAUUUGAAUACUUUUUACAACAUCCUACCAGUGUUUCCAAAGCCAAGGUAUCAAGCGUUGUAUGACUAUUCAUCUCAGUUCUCUUUGCCCGCUCUUUUCUACUUCACGGAUAUUUCAUCAUUUGGAAUGUGCUGGGCAAUCUUUCUCAUUGUUGGGCAUACCAUACAAUCCUUAUAUACUGACUUUGGAGCAAAAACAGGAAUUUUGGUUUUGAGUCCGGAGAUCAGCAUGCUGAAGCAUAUUUUCAUGGACAUUAUGUGGACCCAUUCUCUCCUCUCGGCCAUGAUAUUGGUUCCAGAUUACUUUGGAUCAUCAAGUGUUAUAGUGGCCUUUAUCUUUGCCAGCGGACAACCGCUCUCCCUUGUUAUUUGUCUCAAGACGCACUAUCGCAUGAAAAGCCAAAAGGUUGUGCCUUUUGUUCAUGGAGAAUGGUGGAUGGCAGAUAUCGUGCGAUUGAUCCUUUCGGGGGACUUGAUUGCGCUUUCUUGCAUUGCUCUAGGGCACUAUUUUACUAUUGCAAAUUUGAAGGUGAUUGGAGUUUUCCUUAUGAACCUUUCACCAUUAUUCGCAUGCGAAUCCUACAGAUUGUUGCUUUCAAUUCCUACAAGAUUGGAAGCUCAGAAUGGUGCUAAGAAACACAAAUAG